AUGAGCAAUGAGCAGCGGAAGUGUGGAAGCAGAUGUGACAGUUCAGGCUAUCAGCGGCGGAGCUGCAGAGAAACAAUGUUGCAGUUACAUUUCACGAAUGAUACUUUACCCGACAAUGUCAGCACUGACUUUCAGAAUCUGAAUAAAUUCAGUGAACAGCAGUUUGUGAGUCUGACAGAGAUCUUAUACCAGUUCCUUCUAGAACCCAAAGAGUCAGAGCGGUUCUUGCGUCAGCUGACGGAGUUUGCUGGAGAGAAUGGGAUGAGUGCAGGACCACUGAGGGCUCUGAUGAAGAGUGUCCUCCUCCUACCUCAUGGUGCUUUAAAAAGAAACCUAACAGCUGAACAGGUGAAGGCAGACUUGCUCUCAUUAGGAUUAAAUGAAGACAAGGCCAGUCAUGUCUCUGACCAGUGGAGAAUCCACUACCCUGUUUUGUCCAGACUGGCCGUGGGACAGACACUAAUGGUCAACCAGCUUGUUGACAUGGAGUGGAAAUUUGGUGUUACUGUUGGUACAAGUGAGCUGCAGAAGACUGGAAACAUUUUUCUACAGCUGAAACUGGUGAUCAGAAAAGGAAGCACGACAGAAAAUGUGUACAUGGAGCUGACUUUACCUCAGUUCUACAACUUCCUCCAUGAGAUGGAGCGCGCCAAAGCCAGUAUGGAUUGUUUCAGUUAACCGAGGUCGCUGUAAUCAGAGUUUGCCUCUUUGCCUGUUGAUCAGUAAACAACUGUAAUGAUGUUCCCAUACUCACCAAAUGUUUCAAGAAGAAACUUUAACAAUUAUAAUUCACUAAUCUUAAGUAGUUGUGUGAUUGUUUGCACCCUUGUAGUUUGGGACAAAGACCACUUUCCACAUUGAUGCUCUUUAUUGAUGAUCUUCUGUUUAUUAAACCUUUGAUACAUUUCUUUGUACCAGCAUAUGUGCUUUUUGUACUUUGUUCACUAAUAAAUUAAUAUAUUUUAAAUAAAAUUCCACUAC